AUGCUCGACCCAUUGUUCUUUGUUUUCUCAACAGAAGACUUCGAAUUCGAAGAAAAGAUAGCAGCCAACCCUUUCUUCUUGAAAACCUGGUUGGCAUACAUCCAGUACAAACAAAUACAUCAAAAUAAUCAUACUAGCUACAACAAUAUUAUUAACGCAAUAUUUGAGCGUGUACUUUCCUGCUUACCAGGAAGUUAUAAGUUAUGGAACAUGUAUCUUGAUAUCCGAAUAGCACAAUGUGAAUACUUACACCCGAUAACCAGACUGGACACCAUAAAAUAUUCAUUUCCAGCUUCUGAUGGCGAUUUACAUAACAACAACAACAAUUACUCAAGAUCGGCCAUUCCCAGCGAUGACAUCGAGAAAGGAUUGGAAUUGAGAAUAAUUGAGAGCGUCAAUCAAGUUUUCGAAAAUUGCUUGAUCACCAUGCACAAAAUGCCUACAAUUUGGUUAAAAUAUUUAAAAUUUGUUGUAAGAACACAACCAACGAUCACUCUGGUUCGGCUGAUAAUGAACAGAGCUCUUCAGGCUCUUCCUGUCUCUCAACACGACAUUGUUUGGAAGUUUAUUGUUUGGGAAUGGAUCUUGAACGAACAAGCGAAAGUUCCGAAAGAAACAGGAUGUAGAUUGCUGAAAAGGUAUUUAAAGCUCGACCCAUCAUUCAUAGGCAAAUACUUGGAAUAUUUGUCAAAAUCUGGCUAUUAUUCCGAGAUGUGUGAAUUACUCAUGGGAAUUCUUGCCUAUUCUUCUUCUGAUGGACGCAAUUUUGGCCAUCCCAUGUUGCAUGUUGGUAUUGCAAUAGACAAAGUGGCAUCUUGUUAUUUAAAAGAGCAUUCACCGCUACAUGUUUGGAACCAAUUUUGCUCUCUUAUUUCUGAACAGGCACAACGAAUCAAUAUCCCUUAUUCCGCUAUUGAGUCUGUUCUUGUGUCCGGAACAAAACGAUAUCCCAGCGAAAUUGGAAAGUUGUGGACAACAUUAGCACAGUAUUAUAUUCAGCAUGGAAAAUUUGAUGCUGCCAUUAGUUCAUACGAAAAGGGGAUGUCGAGCGUUUCUACUGUUAAGGAUUUUAAUUUAAUAUUUGACACUUAUGCCAAAAUGUUUGAUGAACUUAUUAAGUUUCAUAUGCAACUACUGGAAAAAGGGCUUGACGGGCAAAAUCAACAAGAGCUUGGCCUAGAGGUACUCAUUUCUAAAUACGAAAAUUUAAUGGACCGACGAUCAUUUCUUCUGAACUCUGUCAAGUUAAAGCAAAAUCCAAACAACAUUCAUGAAUGGCACAAUCGUUUAAAGUUGAUAAAAAAUAGAGAACAAUUUAACAGCAAGGAUUCAAACCAAAAAGCCGAUGAUAUCAUUUCUUGCUAUGAAGAAGCUAUUUCCAAUAUCAAUCCUGAAAAUGCGAGUCAUGGGAAAAUUUUCUCCAUAUGGAACAGCUAUGCAAGGUUUUUCGAGAUAGAAUUGCAUGACCUCGGACAGGCAAGAAGUGUGUACAAGAAGUUUCUGGAUAAUAUUAACUAUCAUGAUUAUCCUGUCUCCACAAUGGAUGUAGAAAAAGUUGUGUGUGAUUAUGUUGAAAUGGAAAUUAGAAAUCGCAACAACUACGAGGCAUUAUCUAUUCUAUCAAAGAUGAUUCAUUCCGGUGAAGAUACUCUAAAAUCCUCAUGCAGAAAAUCAUUGUCAGUAUGGAACCUGUUCUUAGAUCUUGAAGAAAGUGUCAAUAACAACAUCAAACGAAUGAAGAGAGCUUAUAAUGAAAUGACCGAAAUGAAAAUUGUGACUCCUGCUACGGUUAUCAAUUUCACACAAUUCUUGAUUGAAAACAGAUAUUUCGAAGAGGCCUUUUCUGCUUUUGAAAGGGCUAUAUCACUGUUCAACUAUCCACAAAAAGAACAAGAGAUUUAUUCGAACAAGCAUUGUCUCAAAUGCCCUUUUAUUCAAAAAGAAAGAAUAGGUCAACAAUCAGGGAAAAAUUACAUCGUAAAGAACUCCCAUGCCAGAGAUUUCUUUUUACUCUAUGUUAAAUUCGAGGAAACAUUUGGAAUGAGCUCUAAAUCAAUUAGAGUAUUUGAUAGAGCUAUCAAGUCUGUUUCUCCCAAUUCUCAAGAACAGUUUCAAUUGUAUCAAUUGUAUAUCACGCGUGUCAGUGAGUUGUUUGGAGCUGCAAAAACUAGAGAGGUUAUGGAUUUGGCACUCAAUCAAGCGGUGGAGAGCAACGAUGCAUCUCAUCAAUCGAAUUGCUUUAUUCGAGAUUUGACAUUGCGAUAUAUCUCUAUUGAGCUUAAACUGGGUGAAGUAGAUCGAUGUAGAGGUUUAUUUGGCUUUGCUGCCACCUUCUGUAACCCAGAAAAUCAAGAGCACUUUGCCAAAUUUUGGGAAAGAUGGGCAAAGUUUGAGAAGCAAUUCGGUAAUGUUGAAACCUUCAAAGAAAUGCUCAGAGUUAGAAGAUUUAUUAAGCAGCAGUACAACUCAGAAACAUCUUCUUUCUCCAGAGUGUGA